UACUAGUCUCCACGUGAAAAAUAAUAGAAUACUUAGACGAUAGAACUAGAAUAGAAUACCUAGCGUAUCGUACUAACGUCUUUUUAAUACACACGCAGUCGACAUAAAAACAAGAUGGGAAAACGAGUUGCACAGCUAGAGAGAGCGAUUUUCUUCACGAAACUCAGCGUCGCUUUGACGUGUUCCUGGCCGCCUUCUCCUUUGGCAACUAAAAAUCGACUUCUGUUAUUUAAUGCAUUAUGGUGCACAGCGUUUGCUAGUUCUGUGGCGUUAUUCUUACCAUUGUUGGCCGCGAUUUACGAGUACCACAAAAGUCCUAUUAUUCUUGGAAAAACAGUGAGUCUUGCCUCGGCUGUUGCCCAAGUGGUAAUCAAAAUGAUAAUAUGCCGUUUGCAGCAGAAACGUUUUCAAGUAAGUCGAUUAUUCCAGAUGUUGUACUUCGAUAUGGAAAAUUUCUGCAAGCAUGCCACAAAAACGGAAAGAAUGGUCCUGGAACGAUACGUGGAUAAAUAUAAAUAUUUCCAUUGCAUUUACAUACUAUGGUCUUUCAUAACCACGACUUUCGUCAUAUGUAGCCCACUAUACUCGUCUCAAAUGUUUCCCACGCAUGCGAUAUAUCCGUUUUCAGUGAAGCACCAACCACGUAAUAGUCUAAUUUUCUUCCAUCAAUCGUUGGUUGGUUUCCAAGCAUCGUCAGGUAUGGGUAUCGAUACUCAAGUUGCUCUUCUUUUACGAUACGCAACUGCCAGGUUCGAGCUUUUAGGAAUCCAAUUACGCAACGCAAAGACCAACAGUGAGCUCAAUGCCUGCAUACAGAAGCAUAUUGAACUUUUAAGGUAUACGAAAGAAAUCCGCCUAUCUAUCAAGUAUCUAGUUCUGACGACAAUCGCAACGACUACUGUCGCCGUGAUUUUUGGUAGCUUAAACUUAAUCGCAAACCAACCUUUAAUUUUGAAAACUCUAUACGCUAUCGUAGUGUUCAGUGCCAGCGUGGAACUUUUCAUGUACGCUUGGCCAGCCGAUGGAAUGAUGCGUAUGAGUGCGAGAGCUGCUGCAAGCGUUUACGAUACGGCUUGGUAUAACAGAGAUAUCAGCGUACAAAGGAAAGUAUUCCGCAUUAUUUUGAGGUCUCAAAAACUUGAAACUAUCGGGAUCAGUGGUAUUGUACCGCAACUUUCGCUGUCUCAUUACGCGAAGUAUCUAUACACGUCUUUAUCAUACUUUAACGCAUUGCGUAUUAUGGUCGGAGAUCCAUCUUCGCUUUAA